AUGGAUGCUGAGACAGGGGAAUCUAACCAAGAUAUCCCUAAUGUGCGCCCACUGAAGUGUCGGUUCAACGCAACCUCUGACCUGGCUCUUCUUGAUUUAAUCAAACACCACAAUCCUUACGUCGCUGAUAACAGGACUGCUGCCUGGAAAGACAUCGUGCAAUCGCUCAACGAGACAAAGAUCUUCCCGAAACCUCUCACAGACAGAGCCGUCAAGGAACGGUUUGCAAAUUUGGUAGCCUGGUUUAAAGUCCAGGAUUUGCGGAAUAAGAGCCGGAGUGGAAGUGAAGAGCAGUACGGGCGGAUGGAGUCCCUUCUGACUGGAUUGUGUGAACUUAUUAAAGACUGCGAAGAAACAGAAGCGGAAAAAAAGCGCGCUGCCACUGAAGCACAAAAUGAGCGGCAGAAAAUCGCGAAACUCAUGAAGAGUGCGGGCGAGCACGGCCGAAAAAUUCCGACAGAUGAAGCUGAACACUUAAAACUGGCAACUGAUGCCGCAUCCUCAUCGGAAUGUCUGGAUAAAGUUGAGUGGAUGAAAGAAACAGGAUGCGAUGAACAGGACUGGGAAGAUGAAAUCCGGUGUCGUGAAGCUGGGAAAAAGAUUCUUGUGAAAAAAAGAAAAGUCUCGCCCAGCAAGUUUAAGCUUGGUGGAUCUCCAAAAAAGAUGGCGGAGAAAAAGAUUCGCACGUCGCGCUCGAAUGCUGCUCGCUCUCAACACGCGGAAUCCGAUGAGAAAUGGCUCGAAUAUUUUAGAGAUUCGGACGCCAAAAAACUGGAUUUUGAAAAGACUAAAGCUGCAGAGGAAUUAGCGAUUAAAACAAAGUUGAGUGACGAUGCAAAGGAGAUUCGGUUAAAAGAACUUGAAGUGGAGAAACUGCGUCUGCAAGUUGAACUGAAAAAAUUGGAGAACGAAAAAUUACUGGAAAAAAAUUUUGGGAUGUAAUUACUGCGUAUUAAAAAUCCGCUGAACUAUUUUUAACGAUUACUAACACUAAUUACAAUUCGUUGUUACUUAUUAUACUCAUUAGUACUCAAACUUUAUUCUCUCAAAUAUUCUUCCAGAA